UCCGCCCUCCGCUUCGGACAUUACUAAUGCAGGACUGGACAAUUCUAACCACAUCACUCAGUUUGCAGACGACAGAACAGUGGUUGCAACGAUGAAACAGCUUCCAGGGAGGAGGUAGAGCAGCCUGUGGACUGGACUAAAGAGAUGGUGGUGGACUUCAGAAAGACGCAGGCUGACCACCCACUCCCUACUGCGUACCGAUGGCUUCUCCACGGAGAGAAUCAGUGAGCCAGGCAGUCUUACCGGGUCCCUCGUUAGCCCGGGGAGAAGAGCGGCAUGUCCACCUCCCGAGGCUGCCCCCGCUCUCGCCCCAUCCUACUGAAGCGCCAUCGGGAGCGUCCGGACCAGCCCCAUCACCGCCCGGUACGGGAAUUGCAGGACCCCGCGACAGGCAGUGAGGAGCGCCCACCCCACCGUAUAUCAGGAGCGCUUCGUACCCAGAGCCUCCACCCUUGCCACGACCUCCUGCCGCCGGGCAGAAGGCGAGAACCAGAACUUGCUCCUUCCCUCAGGCCGUUAGAUUUCUCAGUAACCUGCGGCCACCACCCCCUUCCCCACCAACUCCAACUUCCCAAAUCACAGACACGCUCUAAUCCCGCGCUGGUCACUUUCUCAUCUUUUAUUGCCGCCGUCCCACACGUCAUAUGGUCGCUUGUUUUAUAACAGUGCCAGUAACAGCAUGGGACUCCAGGCCGUGUCUUCCAGGGACUUGUGCCGCUGUUAUUCUGUGACCGUAACUCUUCGUGCUGCGUGUGGUUCUGAUAACUGUGUUUUGCAUCCUGGCCCCGGAAGAAGAAUGGAUCGUUUAACUGUACAUGGUUGAAUGACAUUGAGUUUGAAAUGAACCAGAUGGAGGGUCCUCCCUGGAAACCCUGACUGUUCAUUUCCGUCUCCAGAUGCUGCCUGGCCCGCUGAGUUUCAGUUUUGCUCGAAGCGGUCCUAAAGGAGUUAUUCAAGCUGGUGCCCUUCCUGCUGAGUGUCUGCACUUACUUCGUGCUGGUGCCACAAUCGUCCUGUCCAAUAUGGCUGAAAGCUUUCCUGAAGUGCUUGCCGAUUCUGUUCCUGUGCAUGUAUAUACUGACGCUUGGAGAACACGUGUCCACACACUCCAAAGCUCCAAAGCUCCUUGCUGGCCUCCUGCUUUCAGCGGCUGGAGAUGUUUUCCGCACACUGUCUGCACACCAGUACCACGUUCACGGUGACUCCUUGUUUGGCCUCGCACAUGUCUGUUACAUCUGGAUGUUUGGUUUAAAGCCUUUAAACUUGCUGGCAGCCUUUUUCCUGGUGAUUAUAGGCACCGUAUAUUUGCUGUUCCUUAGCAGGUGUCUCUGGGAAAAGCCCCAGCCCCUUCAGCGGGCCGCCUACAUCUACAUUGGUCUGAUAGGCACCAUGGCCUGGCGUGCCAGUGCCAAGACACUCUUCAAUCAGCACUGGUCCUGGGUCAAGCUGUUUGCCACUAUCGGAGGAAUGCUCCUUCUCGUUUCUGAUUUCACCUAUGCUGUUAGUGCAUUCUGUUUUCCUGUGUAUAACUCGGGAUUGAUAGUAGCCACCUAUUAUGUGGCCCAGAUGCUCAUCACAGUCUCAGCUGUAAACUCUGGGAAUACAGUUGCUACAAACAGAAAAUAAAGCC